GUCGGAAGUGACGCGGGAGGAGCCUGUUCCCGCCGCGCUCGGUGCCACCAUGCGGGCCCGCCGGGGCGGCGCGGGGGCGCGGCACCCCCCGGCCAAGGAGAAGGAGCAGGAGGAGCAGUACGUGGUGGGGCAGGUGUCGGGCAGCCUCGGGGCGGCCGCGGCUCCCGCUGCGCCCCUCGCUCGCCUCUUCCGCGCCGCCGCCCCGCCGGUGCUGGUGGCCGUGCCGGGGAAGGGAAAUAAGAAAAGGAAGCGUGCAGAAGAAGGGGAGAAAGUGUCAGAAGACCAGAGCUCAUCCGUCAUACAAGAACCUCCAGUAAAAGCGAAGAAGACCAGAAAAAAAGAACGUUCAGAAGCAGAGAAAAAACUGUCAGAGAGAGAGAAUGCUUUGGAGCAGGCAGAUGAGGAGGAGGAUCAAAAAUUGUUUCCAAACAAAGUGAAGGAAAAGAAAAAGGCUUCUCAAACCAUCACCAAAAGUGUUGUUAAUUCAGCUACGGGUGCUACUGCAAAACAGCGGAAGAGAAAAAGGGUGGCUGAUGAAACAGCGGACAGAAGAACGGUGUUUGUUGGAAACUUGCCUGUCACUUGUACUCUUCAGGUACUGAAAUCUCUUUUUAAGAAGUAUGGACAAAUCCAAUCCAUUCGCUUCCGGUCUCUGAUUCCAGCAGAAGAUACUGUAUCCAAAAAGGUAGCAGCAAUCAAGCAUAAGGUGCACCCAAAUGCAAAGUUUGUCAAUGCUUAUGUUGUCUUUAAGGAAGAAUGUGAUGCCCAGAAGGCUCUGAAGGAGAACGGAACAGAAAUUGCUAGUGGAUUUCACAUCAGAGUUGACACUGCAUCUAAAACCAGUUCGCAUGACAAUAAACGAUCUGUAUUCUUGGGAAAUCUUUCAUAUGACAUCCGCGAUGACGCCGUGCGGGAACACUUCCAUGUCUGUGGAGAUGUCGUGGGAGUGCGAGUUGUGAGAGACAGGAGGACGGGCUUGGGAAAAGGCUUUGGCUACGUCCUCUUUGAGAAUACAGAUGCUGUACAUCUUGCUCUGAAACUGAACAACUCAGUUCUGAUGGGAAGAAAGAUACGAGUGCAGCGUGUAGUGGACAAGAGGAAAGCACAGAAAAGUCCAGACCAAUCUCAUGCUCCCAAGGACAGAGCUGAUAAGAAGAAAAAAGAAAAGAGCUGUUCUAAUGAUUCUUUUGUUGGUGAAAAAGCAACCCCAUUAAAGAAGAGCACGAAACCGAAAAGACUAAAAACUAUUCCUAGGAGUAAAGCUGGGAAAAAUAAACAGUCCUUUGAUAAAAAUCGAUCGGAUAAAAAUGCUAAUUAGUGUUAUGAAGAUGGAUAUAUAUGAGAGUGUUGUGUCAUAAAUUUUGUUUGCUAAUA